AUGGCGGAUUUCGAGGAGCUCAGGAAUAUGGUAUCGAGUUUUCGGGUGUCUGAACUGCAAGUGUUGCUGGGUUUUGCCGGACGUAACAAAAGCGGGCGCAAACAUGACCUCCUCAUGAGGGCUUUGCACUUGCUGAAGAGUGGCUGUAGCCCAGCGGUCCAGAUCAAGAUCCGGGAACUCUACAGGCGCCGCUACCCCCGGACAAUUGAAGGCCUCUCUGACUUGGCUGCGCUGAAGUCUUCGGUUUUCAACCUGGACAGUAGCUCUUCUCCGGCGGAGCCCGACGUAGCCGUGCCCGGACUGCAUCCCGCCCCUUCCACUUCGGCCGCCCCUCAGUCGCCUGCCUCUCCUCUUGCUUCAGUGUUGCUCCAAGACACCAAGCCUCGCUUUGAGAUGCAGCAGCCGUCCCCGUCGGCCCCUCCAGUGCAUCCCGACGUCCAGUUGAAGAAUCUCCCUUUUUACGAUGUGCUGGAUGUCCUCAUAAAGCCGACCAGCUUAGUACAGAGCAGUAUUCAGAGAUUCCAGGAGAAGUUCUUUAUUUUUGCUCUAACACCUCAACAAGUCAGAGAAAUCUGCAUUUCCAGGGACUUUUUGCCCGGAGGCAGAAGAGAUUACACGGUGCAGGUUCAACUCAGACUCUGCCUAGCAGAAACGAGCUGCCCUCAAGAGGACAACUACCCCAAUAGUUUAUGCAUAAAAGUAAACGGGAAGCUCUUCCCAUUGCCGGGCUACGCGCCUCCACCUAAAAACGGAAUUGAACAGAAACGGCCUGGACGUCCCUUGAAUAUUACGUCAUUAGUUAGACUUUCCUCUGCGGUGCCAAACCAGAUUUCUAUAUCCUGGACAUCUGAAAUUGGAAAGAAUUACUCCAUGUCCGUGUAUCUAGUGCGCCAGCUGACCUCCGCCAUGUUGCUACAGAGACUAAAAUUGAAGGGCAUUAGAAACCCUGAUCAUUCUCGGGCGCUGAUUAAAGAAAAACUCACUGCUGACCCAGACAGUGAAAUUGCUACCACCAGCCUGCGGGUAUCGCUGAUGUGUCCUCUGGGGAAAAUGAGGCUGACCAUCCCCUGCCGGGCUGGGACUUGCACUCACCUGCAGUGCUUUGACGCCGCUCUCUACCUGCAAAUGAACGAGAAGAAGCCGACCUGGAUCUGUCCGGUCUGUGAUAAGAAAGCGACGUAUGAUAACCUCAUCCUGGACGGCCUCUUCAUGGAAAUUUUGAACGAAUGUUCGGACGUCGACGAGAUCAAGUUCCAGGAGGACGGUUCCUGGUGCCCCAUGAGGCCGAAGAAGGAGUCCUUGAAAGUUGUUAGCUCACAGUGCCCCAAAAUAGAAAGUAAAUCUGUCUCCUCUCUGCCGUGCCCGGGCGGCGAGGUCAGCAAGAAGAAGGUGGACGUCAUCGACCUGACCGUGGAAAGCUCCUCCGAGGAAGAGGAGGACGCCCCGCCCAAGCGGAAGUGCAUCUACAUGUCGGACACCCAAGCGAGUCCCACGAAAGGCGUUCUUGUGUAUCAGCCAGCAGCUGUUCGAGUCCCGGGAGUCAGCACGGUGGAUUCUACGGCCAUCGCCCCGUCGUUAACAGGCUACUCUGUGCCCUUCCACAAUCCAUCCAUAUCCAGCAUUUCGUCUGACUUGCCUGGCUUGGAUUUUCUCUCUUUAAUCCCAGUUGAUCCACAGCAGUACUGUGCUCCUAUGUUUUUGGAUAGUCUCGCCUCGACCUUGCCAGCAAAUACCACAUCUGGCAACCUCCUCACCUCCUCCUCCAGCCCGGUCGAAAGCAGCCCUCGCGUUAGCUCUUCGGGCCGGACCGAGACGGCCGUGCUCACCAGCAGCAGCAACAGCAGCAGCAGCAGCGGUGGGAGCAACGUUCCCGAUAUCAUCUCCUUGGACUAAAAAGCUGAUGAAACUCUUGUCAGUCUGGACUGCGUUCCU